GCGGCGUCACGUGUGAAAGCCAUAUCCGCACAACAGUGCACGCGCUGCCACCAGUUGUUACCCUCAGGUUAACCUCUAUAGAAAGCUGUGUAUCAACGCACUUUUCGAGCUGCACGGGCGUGUUCCGGAGGAAGAGUACCGCAAUCGAUUUCUGUUUUGGGCAAAAAUGAAGGACUUUGUGACCGAAUGCUGUAUUCAUUUUGUUUACGUGGAUAAACGCUAUAUGGUCAAGUGUUUGUUAUAUACUUACUAAUUUAGCCAGACGAUCGUAAAGGUGUCCCGCCAUAGCCGAAAUGUUCAGGAUUUUGUGAAACUGUAAACUGUAACUACGAUUAAAUUCAACGACAGAGCGCUAUGGAAAAGUCGCCUAAAAAACUGCGACUUAUUAGUUUGUCCAUUGAGCAUUUUCGAUCGUUCGAGUACGCGUACGUAGUUAGGUUCAGUCCGAAAGUAACGGCCAUAGUGGGGCCGAACUGGGCUGGGAAAUCCAAUAUUCUUAAAGCACUUGUGUUCGGCUUGGGUCAAAGCGGAGAAGAGAUGUUUGUUGAUGACAUCAGGUCUCUUAUAAACGACAACUACCUAAAACGAUGCCAAAAUAUUGGUGACGAUGGCUUCUGUUCGGUUGCAAUCUUAGCUAAUGUGGACGGAGAGGAGAUCAAUUUUAAAAGACGAUUGUAUCAGGAUCUCAGAGAGAGUUUCCAGAUCAAUGACGAGCCAUACGAUGCGGCCAAAUACCGCGAUAAGCUGUUUGAAUAUGGUAUUCGAGUGGAUUCGUGGGGACUUGUUCUCCGGCAAGGAUCCAUUCAGAAUAUAGGAGGUAAAACUCCUAAGGAAAUGUCCGCUUUUUUAGAGAAGAUGUCUGGAUCACAUUUGCUUGCUGCAGAUGUCAAAGAAGCAGAUAAAAAGCUGCGAAAAACGCUCGGAGCCUUAGUUAAUGCAAAAUCGGAAUUAGGAAGACUGCGCCUUACGAGACAAAGAUAUAAAAAUUUUGCUAAUGCAGAACAGCUUUGGCACGAAGUUAAUAACAAAGAACAACUCCUGGACCUGGCGAGACUUCGGGGGACGGAUGAGAAGAUUCGAAUUUGCCAAAACGAGAUCUUCAAUUUUCCCGAAAGCGAGGAAGAACAAGAGAGGCAAAGGCUGCAAGAGCUUAAACUCGAACGUCUUGUCAUCCAAAAGCAGUUGAAAAAGAACAUCGAGACAAUCACAAAUGAAGAACGAUUAUUGGCAACGGCACAGGAUACGCUGCAAAAAAUUAGUACGAUAAAACAGCGCUUUGCUUCGCUACACUCCGAAGCUAAACAACAACUGGGAGAUCUUAACGCCCGCAGGGCUAAGAUCGAGGUCGCCAUCAGCGAGGCGAAGGCGGAUCAGCAGCAGGCACAGAUAAAACUACCUGGCGUAAAAAAGAAGGUUGAAUCUGCUCGAAACGCUUUGGAACCUAUUCAGGUGGAUACUGACAUCUUUGUAGAGCUGCGAAAUUUGGAAGGCGCUUUUUACCAGGAGCAUCGAGAAAACUUGCAGCAAGUUGAAUCGUUGGAGGAACGUCGUCAGUCACACAUGAUGACUUACGACAAUCUCUCCGUGGCAUUAAAGAGCGAGGAGCUAAAACUGGACUCGAUGAACGACGAACUACAGGAGCUUGAGUUGCGACGAACGAAAUAUAAAUCGUCCUUCGAUAGUGUGAACUUUAACCUCGAACGUGCUCGAAGCUUUUUUGAAAAUCGUAGAGCAACAUUUGACACGGCUUAUAACAGUUAUGCUUCACAAGUGAAGAAAACGCGUGAGCUCACUAUGCAACGCGACUAUAUCUGUGGAAGGGCAAAACGUACAAAUUCUCGUCGACACACUGAACGAAUUCUUGAUGGGCUGACAGCAACCUUCGGCAAUCAUGUUGUCGGUGUACUUGGGAAUCUGAUAAUACCCUGUAAGCCCGAGUACAUGGCCGCUGUACGCAAAGUUCUCGGUCGGUACAGGUAUUCCAUAGUCGUGGACUCUCGAACAGUGAUGCGACAAUGCCUCUCCUUCUUAAAAGAAUCAAAUGAGCCUGUGAUGCCUGUUCUUGUACUGCCUUCCACUGCACCAAAAUGGCGUCCGCUGCCCAAAAGUUUAACAGGUCGAGCAUUAAUGUUCGAAAGCAUCUGCAUGGUCACACAAUCGAUACCGUUGCACUUGCAAAAUCGCGUGUUAUACCUAAUCAGAGACUUAUAUAGUGAUGUUGUAUUCUGCAACGAACCUAACACAAUCAAGAAGUUAACAAUGAACAAACCCCAGAAGUGCUCUGUGGUUAUGAGUGAUGGGAAUUUUUUGUCGAGAAGCGGUGUAUUUGAAAGCGCCAAGAAGGAAAAAACAUCUGGAGAGCCCGGCCAUGCAGCUGCCAUCACGGAGGUCAAUGAGAAGCUUGCUGAGGCAACGAUAUGUUUAAGAGAGACCGAAGCUACUUUGGAAAAUUUGCAGGAGUUAGGUGAUCUCGAACACGGGUAUGAGUUACUGGUCGACUGCUAUCAAGAUGCCGAAAAACGACUGGAAAUAUUAAGCAAAGAAAUUGAAAGCAAGGAAGGAGACCUUGAUGUACUCGUACGCGGGGUUGAAUCAGCUCUAGCGAGCCUUCGGGAAUGUACUCUUACCGGGGAAAUCGAAAAGAAAAAGCUACGGCCGAUAGAGACGAUUGAAAAGAGAAUUCGGGAUCAGAGACAGCAGUUAUUGAAAGUGUUUGGUGCGAAGUUCGAUAUACCACUAUCCACUCUUCUUAAGCUCGCCAACUCCGACGCGGUUAAAGCUGAACGACAUUCUCUAAUAAAGGAUGCAGAAUCACUGAAGCGACUUGAACUCACGCUCGACAAAGCUGAAACUGAUAUUUGUCGUCAUGAAGACGAUCUAAAGAAAAUUGACCGUGAACUCGAGUCAGUGAUCUCUAAAGAACAGCACGCCCGUACCGAUGCAGAAGGAGCUCAGGCGGAACUUACCAAGGUGCAACAGGCAGUUGAUUCCACCCUAUCCACACUUGACAAACUGAAAAUUCAAGAUAACUUGUUCAAACAACAGCUCGUUGAUGCUACCGCCGCUGUCACAUCUGCAAGCCAAGACUGUGCGCGUCGUCGUAGGGUGGCAAACAAACUUCAAACCGAAAUAGCAAAGUUGAGAUCAGAUCGGGCUUCGCUUCUCGGGCAAUAUGUGGAAAAGUUGCCUCGCGAAAGAAAGGAAGAUUUCUUCGGAGCAACUUUCGACGACCUUGUUAUGAUGCAGGUAGACUACACAGAUUUACCUGAAGAUGUCUGUACUCUCAGGAAGAUCGACAAGUUCUGUAAUGAAACUGAAUUAUUAGUCUCGGAACUUCGUGUGCUGUUACUGGAGAGUCGUGUUAGCGUUCCUGAUCCAACCUCCGCUACUAGACAUGAAAACCGUUACAAAGGCACUGUAACAAAAGUGAAAGAACUCAUGCGCAAAGCAGCAAAGGAAAAGAAGACACUAAGCAAGCUCGUCACACGGCGCGCUGAGAUUUUUACGACGUUCAUUGAAAAACUGCAAGAAAAGGUAGCUCAGACCUACAACGAACUAACUAACGGCGGUUGGAUGACAAUCAUUGUCGGUGGCGGUGGCUCUGAUCCUUCGCAGGCCUUUGAUGCUGGGGUUCUACUCGAUUGUCGACCGCACGGGGGGCAAUUUACUGAAUUUGCCAACCUGUCAGGCGGCCAAAAGAAUCAGGCGUCGCUUGCGUUACUUUUGGCAAUUCAUUCGGUUCUUCAGUUGCCUUUCCUGGCGCUUGACGAGGCGGAUGCCCCUCUCAGCAGCCAGCAUUGCCGAAUCCUUUCUCUAUACCUCCAUAAUCAACAGCAGCAAGUCAUUCUUGUCUCUCAUCGCUCCGGAACUUUGAAUAGACCUGCUUUUAGAGAGCUGACUUAUUCCGUCGUUGGUGUGACUAGAGGUCCCACGACGAGCGGGAACGAAGAGGACACUCGAAUUUAUUAUGCGUGUCUCGAUCGGCUUUUCGACAAAGGCGAAGAGUUCCAUCGAGCUCCAUCGAUCGAUAGUAUCUAUCUUACAGAUGAACAAUUAGCCGAAAUAGACAAUGCUGCCUCCGAGCAAGAAUUGCAGUCAGUUGAAUCAAUGGCAUCCGGAACGUAGGAAGUUGGAAAUGUCGAAUUGAUGGAAAAAAGGAAAAAAUAGCGGGCGCUUAGUUCGGGUUUAAAUUUAAAUUAAAGGACAAGGCAGCUUAUAAAAGAGAACAGUGCUGCGGGAUAAACAAGAUUUCUAGCUUACAUAAAUGCAAUAUAAAGUAGGUAUAUUAUUCGGUAACAAAGAAAUACAUUGUUAUAUAUUACGAUACAUUGUGCAUUACAAAUAACACGCCAUUGAGGACAACACAUGUGAACUAAGAAGCUUGUCGUUAUCAGGAAAAGCGAUUGUGUAUAGUAAUGGAAAACCUCAAUUGUACAAUGGAAAGGCGAUUCUAAAGAACUUGUGUAUUUUAAGGUUUGCGUGUCUUGCGCUAUUGUCCAUCGAACAGUUUGUAGCAGUUGUAAUGUUUGUAAAAAGCCAUGCGACGCAUGUAGUGACCUGGUUAUCCAUAGUCAGUAUAGCAUACCUCAUAGAUACGCUUAGUCAUUGUAAUCACGUUUAGACCCGUUUUAAUAAACUAAAUUGUGUUUGUUUUUUUAAUAAUCAAGCUCCCUAACGAUAAGUUAAUUCAGAAAACAAAUUCAACACAGGUGGCCGUAUAUGCAUAAUAAUAUAUUAAUAGUAAGCCCGUUUGUGUAACAUGUAUCUA